AUAUGGCGAAAGCUGUCACAAUUGUUCUACUGGCUGCAAAGACAGAAGUUGCGAUAUAAAGACAGGCACAUGUUUAUGUUUACCAGCAUUUACGGGCUUCUACUGCAACAAAAGUUGUAGUUAUGGUACCUAUGGAGAUCGGUGUAUGGGACACUGUGGCGCAUGCCGCGGCGGAGAACCAUGUCAUCAUGUGACCGGAAGCUGCGUGAAUGGUUGUGCAGAGGGAAGGUACGGGGAUAAAUGUGUUGACGAAUGUCGGCCGGGGUAUUACGGUUAUGACUGUAACAGCACCUGCAGCGACACCUGUGUGACCCCGGGUCUGUGUAACAGAUACACAGGGAAGUGUCUGAGAGGGUGUCUGUCCGGAUACAAGGGAGAUAAAUGCGACUCAGAAUGUGAAAGUGGAAUGUAUGGGGACUCAUGUAACAUGUCGUGUGGCUUUUGUUUCCAUGGAGAUACUUGUCACCAUGUCAACGGUUCUUGUUUACGUGGUUGUAGUGAAGGUUACCAAGGAGAAUUAUGUGACGAUGUGUGUCCAUUCGGAAAAUAUGGGUUAUUAUGUGAGCAUGAAUGCAGUGUGUUAUGUCAGAAGCCACGUGAUUGUCACCACAUGACUGGCAUUUGUUUAAAUGGAUGCAGAGAGGGUUUUACUGGACCACAUUGUAUAGAAGAUGAAGGUCCAGUAUUUAGCACCGGAACCACGUAUAUUCUGAUAGGGAUCCUCAGCACUCUCCUUUUGAUGAACGUUGUCUGUGUUAUAGUGUUCAUUAUUCGAAGAUUUUCCCGCUCAAAAGACCCCAAAGCAGACAAAAGUGAGCCUAAAAAGACACUAAGGAUUGUAUAUGAGAACGAAAACUUCACAGAAAAAGAAAGCGGCAGUUCUUACCAGGAGUUGAAAUUGAAUUAAUUGU